UCCUUCUUCACACAGCACUCAGUGCGUGUGUGUUUUACUCUUAAAGCCACUACAAGUCUCUGAAACCUUUUUAGUGACACAAUAAUGGAAACAGUCCGGACCGAACACUGGACAUGAAUCUGGACAUGCAGUGAGAGACGACUGGUUCAUCUUCAGGAUCUCAGGGACAUGGGGAGAGUGUGUUAGAGUAGCAGGCAGUGUGAAGAUGCAGCACACCUCGUGCACGGAGGAUCGGAUCCAGCAUGCGCUGGACCGCUGCCUGGAUGGCCUCCAAUCAUCCAGCACACUCACACAGUCCUGGAACACUGGCUGGUGUAUGAACCGAUGGAGCCUGGAGGAACUCCUGAGGAGAGAUCCAGAAAACUUCCUCAUCCUCCUGCAGCAAAUCCUCACCAGAGCCAGAAAGGUGCAGGAGCAGAGCGAGUACAAGUUGGUGGCGCCUCUUGCCAUCAUGUUCGAGUCAACACUCCUGCAGACCCCGUACUCUCCGGAUGGUGAUCUUCUAGCUGAAGCAUGUGAGGUCUUCCAUUGUUUUCUGACUUGGCCUGAGCCGUACUCCACCGUUUGCCACGGUCUGCUCACGACUCUCCAGCAGGAGCUCCGCGCACCAGGGAUUUCGUACCACCGGCUGGUGAGAGAUGAACAGGGCCUUUCUGCCUCCACUCAUGGUAGCAGAACCAUAACGGUGUUGUUGCUGAACCCAGCGGAUGUUCCUGCAGCGUUUCUCUCGGUGUUAAAGCAGCUGGGUGGAGCUGAGGUUUCCCACAGAGAUGCCAGCAUCACCCUCAUUAAACACGCCUUUCAGUCCACACUGGGUGCCAAAUACCCCCUGACCGCCAUACACACAGCACUGCAGUCUCUCAGCGAAGAGGAGUUGGCUCAGACUCUGUCAUCUGUAACGGAGCUGUUGGAGUCCUCAGCAGCGAUGCCAGAUGUGAGUACAGCUCGAGCUUGUGCAGCGCAGCGCCUGGAGGAAGUGCGGGAAAAACUCAAGAUCCCAGCAUGCAACAGCAGGAACACAGACGGGAUGCUGCAGAUUCUGAGGUUGCCUACAGCCAAGUGCUACACCAUCGACUGGGACAUGGAUAACUUUGAUGUUCUGAACAAAUUUUUGGAAUCGGAGCCUGAUCUGGCCUCCCAACAGACCUCCGAGGGUGCAGCUGAGGAGGACGAAGAUGAUGAAGAUGCAGAUGAAGAGGAGGAUCUUGAGGAGAUGGAGGAUUUUACAUCUCUCGGCUACGUGGACCCGCGAGCGUCCAUGUUCUCCACCGUGUCGUCUCUAUCCACCGCAUCCAAGGACUCAAUGUUCUCCACUUAUUCCCUGGCCUCCUCUGAAUGUUCUCCGCUCUCCACGCUCUCCUCUUCCUCCCAGGCUUCAGGAACUGACAGUGAUUUUUGUGAGGAUGUGGAGGAGGAGUCCCCUGUUCCACCUGUGCUGGGAAAGCCAAAAAGUUCUGCUGGGUUCUCCAAGCGCCUUUCCCGCCUCUUUAAGCCACGAAGCAGCCACUCGCUGUGCCGUGCCAAAAGCCUGGGAAAUGCAGAGGCCAAAGACAUCCUGCCCUCCGUCCGCUCGAAACGCUCCAACUCUGUCCCCCAUCAGGCCUUGAUGUGCAGCUCUGAGCUGGGGCUCACCGAGAGCCUCCUGGCGCAGCAGGCCCUGGGCUGCGUGCGCUACAGGAGGAGGCCCAUCCUCAGCAGCGACGAGGCCGAAGAGCCUAGAGCCGCUCUCCUCAGGGUUCUGGUGUUCGGAGCCGACCACGUGGCUGGGAGGGUGGCCCGGGCGUACAGCAGCCUGCGGAGGAGAGAGAGGGACUAUCCGAGGCUCAGCAGGGCCUUCAGGCUUCGGUUCUUCUUCAUUCCCGUCAGGAGAGAUCCACCAGGAAACGGAACGGUUAACCAGUUCUCUGCCAGUCCACUUAAAACCAUACAGGAUAUAAACGCGGACCAGCCGGAGGACAGCACUAACGACAUCGCCGCCCUGCUGGGCAUGCUUGACCCCUGGUACGAGCGAAACACACUCUGCCUGCUCGACCUGCCGCUGCAUGUGGUGUGUAAGCAAACAUCGAAGCCUGAGCCUGACCUGCUGCAGGAUUCAGUGGAGGAAGGUUUGCCCAUCCUGGCCGACCUGCUGCUGUACUACUGCAGAAAUGCAACACGACCUGCCCUUGUACAACUCUACCAGGCAGAGCUGACGCUGGCUGGCGGGGAGACCAGAACCGAAGUGUUUGUCCACUCUUUGGAGCUCGGACACACAGCAGGGACCAGAGCCAUCAAAGCUAUGGGAGCUGCGAGUAAGCGGUUUGGUAUAGACGGAGACCGUGAGGCACUGCCGCUCUCUCUGGAGCUCGUUUAUAACCAGGUGGUUAUCAGUGGUAGAAGUCAGAAGACGAGGGUGGAGAAAGUUUGCACUUCAGUAAAUCUGACCAAAGCCUGCAGGAACCCUGAGGAGCUCGACCCUAAGAUCGAGUGUCUGCAGCUGACGAUGACAGAGGUGCUGAAGAGACAGAACUCUAAAUCUAAGAAGAGUUUUAAUCAGCAACUGAGCACCACUCGGGCAAAAGUGGACAAGGUGCGGGUGAGUGGAUCUGGAAACACCACCUUCGCUGUGUGUUUGGAUCAGGACGAGAAAAAGAUUCUACAGAGCGUGACCCGGUGUGAAGUGUCGGUGUGUUAUAAGCCGGACAGCUGUGCUAACUGGCCGAGGUUCAGAGCUCUGUCCUCUCCGGUCCAGCCUCUGCAGCCCACGUUCUGCUCUCUACUCUGCCUGCCCAUCGCCACCUUCAGUGGACCCCAACCCUAAACCUCUGAACUCCGACCCUGAGCCUCUGAACCUCUAAACCUUAACCCUGAACCCAUAGUCCUCUAAACCCUGACCCUAAAUCUGUAAACCACAACCCUGAGCCUCUGAACCUCUAAACCUUAACCCUGAACCCAUAGUCCUCUAAACCCUGACCCUAAAUCUGUAAACCACAACCCUGAGCCUCUGAACUUCUAAACCUUAACCCUGAACCCAUAGUCCUCUAAACCCUGACCCUAAAUCUAUAAACCCAACCCUAAAUCCUUAUUCCUUAACCCUGAACCCAUGUAUUCUACCCCAGAACCCCUAAAUUUCAACCCUACAACUCUAAAUUCUUAGUCCCCUAAACCCACCCUUGAACCUCUAAGCCCCAGCUCUGAUCCCUUAGUCCUCUAAACCCCACCCUUGAACCUCUAAGCCCCAGCUCUGAUCCCUUAGUCCUCUAAACCCCACCCUUGAACCUGUAAGCCCCAGCUCUGAUCCCUUAGUCCUCUAAACCCCAGCCUGUUAUUCUGUCAUGUCUUCAGCUCAGGGUGAAAUCACUUGAACUGCACAUAGAAAAGGAGUGUUUGGACACAGCAGCUCUGCUGUGGUGCAAAGUCCUGUUUUUCUGACUCACAUACACGACAAACUGUAUACUGUGUGGUCAUUUUAAUCUACUCAGCUGAUUCUUUAUGUAGCUCACUUUUAAUGCUCAGGAAUAAGUGAUGUUCAAAAGUCACGUUUUAUCAGGACACAUUCUCCUGCUUUACUGUACCAGACCCGAACCCAGACACAGUCGGGUCCUAGAACUGCUCAGGCACUGUGUUUUUAGCUGUGUUUUUUGUAAAUGACAUGUAUAUUUGUACAGUGAAUCAGGGUUUUUUUGUGUGUUUUUUUUUUUUUUAAAAGCAAUUUUACAUUUUAAGAAUAUGUGAAAACGUCUUAAUUCCUGACAAAGAAAAGGCUAUGACCCCUAAUUGUAAUUUGGUUGGUUUGGACAGCAGAGGGCGCUGCUGUCUCAUUACUGAGUGCGGUGUGGCCCUUUGAAGUGGGGCUUCCUGACAGUGGGGUCUUAUAAAGCGCUAAACGUAAAAAAUAAAACACACUGCCAUGGAGUUUGCACACAAAACACUGAAAUCCUUUAUGGAGAAGAAUACUAUCACAUUUUUAAUAUGAAAAAUCAAGAAUUUUGUUUUUAUACGACGACUGCACUGAGUAAAAGCUCUCAGUCUGUGAAAAUUCUCACGUUUUUACAUGUCUCAGGUUUUAGAAACACUUUGUAUGCGAUGUUAUGUACGUAUUAUUCUAACUCUACUGGAUGUAAAUAUGUCUCUGGUGUACUCUGAGAGAAUUAUUUGAUUAUCAAAGCACUUGGCAGAGGGUUAGUUAAGAGAUUUCGCUCAGACAAACGAUUAAGAGACGCGACUGCAAUAGUGUUGUGUAUUCGCAGUAAUGAAGUAACAGCCGCCAUUUGAUUCAACAGCAGUUAGGCUUAGUUUUCUGUGGCACAGACACUGCAUUUAAAAAACCUCUCUGGCAGCUGAAUGGACGCUUCUAAUACGGUACUUUCCAGUCCUAAGGUGCUUUUACUGUGUUUCUAUGGUUUUUAAAUUAUAACAUUAUAAUGUAUAUUACUUGUUACUAAGUGCAAAUAUCGAAUAAAGUCAUUUAACACGUA